AUGGAAUUUAUUAAUAAAGCUACUGAAUCUUGCAAGCAUGCUGUCAAUGCUACAGGCAAUGCACUCGGAAAUGCUGUUGAAGGUGCAGCUGAAGCAAUAAAAACUGGAGCGGAAAAGGUUGCCUCUGGAGUAGCUGAUGCUGGGCAUUUAAUUUCAUCAAAAAUUGCUGACGGUACCACCGCAACAAAAGAUGCCGUUGAGGCAACUGGCGAUAACAUUGAAAGUAGUGCCAAAACAGCCCAUAAUGAAAUUAAUAAUGUAGUUGACUCUACCAAGAAAGCAUACAAUGAUGGUGUUGUUAAAGUAGAGAAAGCAGUUAAUGACUUGAAAUAA